AAAACGCAAAAAGUUACAUUAUUCGCGAGUGUUAGUGUUAUGUGGUUGGUGGUACGAGAGUAAAUUGUGCGUGGGUCAUGGCGAAAAUAAAUACGAUAGCCUUCGAAGAGGCUCUGUCUAUGACAGGUCUCGGCAAGUUUAAUCUGAUAAUGUUCUUGCUGAGUGUGUUGGUGGUGACAGGGAUGGCUUUCGAGGUAUUUUCAGUGUCUUAUCUGGUGCCAGCUAGUGCCUGCGAACUUAACACCACCGUGUUUCAGCAAGGCUUGAUAGCUGGGAUGCCUUUGAUUGGUAUAAUUGCAACUUCUCACAUAUGGGGCUACCUAGCUGAUACAAAAGGUCGACGGAAGACUCUUCUCUGGUCUAUGAUAUUAGGAUUCUGCGCAGGAUUUCUUGCUACAUUCUCAAUGAAUUGGAUCGUUCUGGCUGUUCUUAAAUUUUUAUCGUCGGCCGGUUUAGCUGGUUGUUACCCUUUAGUAAUAACGUUGCUGGGAGAAACAACACCACAGAACAAGAGAUCGGUCAUUAUAGCUUUUCUUAACACGCAGUUAUUUUUGGGAUCAGGAAUUAUGGCUCUUUUAUCGAUACCAGUGUUGCGGUUGACUUUCUCUUACUACGUCCCAUUUUUGGGAAUAUCCAUGGAGUCUUGGAGGCUUUUGAACUUCAUCUUCUGCCUACCAUGUGCGAUCAGUGCACUAAGUAUCUUUUUCGUUUACGAAAGCCCUAGAUAUCUGUUAAAGGAGGGAAAGAAUGACGAGGCUCUUAACGUGCUGAAAGCUAUAUUUGUGAUCAACACUGGAAAGAGCCAAGAUGAGUAUGAAGUCCAAUCCGUGAUAUUGAAUGAAGACAAUGUGCAGUCGAAAAAUAACAGUUUGUGGGCCUCGUUUGCUUCGCAAACGAUUCCAAUGUUUAAACCGCCUCUACUGAAAAGCACCUUGCUUCUUUCCACCUUAUUUGUUAUAGCUUAUGUUGGAAUGCAGCCAUUUGUGAUAUGGAUGCCAUACAUCGCGGAUGCAUUUAUGCGAUCUGUAGAGUCGGGUGAGACAACUCUCACUUUCUGUGAAAUGUUAAGAUAUUCACAGAAUCAAACCGUUACUGAGAGCAAUGAUUGCAGUUUGAACGUCGUCGCUAUGACAUCGGUGUUUGGUGUAAGCUUGUUCUUGGCGAUCGCAAAUUCCAUCUUUAGUACUAGUGUUAAUCUUUUCGGAAAGAAGCGGCUUUUGAUUGGAUUUAUGAUGAUGUCCGGAACGUGUGCGAUUUGUAUUAACUUCUUGCAUAAUUAUAUCUUGAGUGGUAUUCUCUUCACAUUUUACAUAGUCAGUGCGAUCAACUUCAGUUUCCUAUCAAUAUACACCGUUGAUAUCUACCCCACAUAUGUCAAAGCUAUGGCUGUUUGCCUGACUUUGAUGGUGGGACGUGGAAGUUCAGCAAUCGGGAUUAAUGUCUUAAAGUCGCUUCUGACUUAUGACUGUGAAUUAGCGUUCUACCUCUUUGGAGGUUUGACAUUAUGUGGUGGCCUCAUAUCGUUUCUUCUACCAACAGACAACAAAAAGCCAAAAACAAUUGAAGACUAACGUUGCAUAUCUCGUGCUUUUUGAAAAUAGAACACAGAAUACACUGAAGUGUGAUAUUACGGAUCGUCUAUUGUGGUACAAUGACCAGGGUCCAAAUAUAUUUAACCCAAGAUGUAUGUCCAUCGAUCUCUUAUCCACCAGCUAAUAUUAAUUUAAGAGAGCUUACAUUUUUCUUCAUAUUUUCGUUUCAUAAGUGGUAAUAAAAUUGACAAGCUUAUUAGGUAUAUUAGAACUGUAUGCGAAUUGAAAAUUUAGAUUGACGAUAAUUUCUUUGUAUAUGUUUGCGCUAAAUCGGUGUCAGUCAAAGAAGGAUGACAAUUGUUGAUUUCAGACCCACACAUACGUCAAAUAUAUUUUACGUAAUUAAGUAUUUAUCUUAAAUAUUUCAUUAGUAUUAAGAAAAUUAUUGUAAACAAAUACGAAAGUUUAGUAAAACAAGGAAAAUAAUUCUCCUAGUUUAUUUUUUUAACCCGUGGUAAAUUGAGACCUGUACACAUCAGAAAGACGGAUGAAAUGCCUGACAAAUAUUUUGUUGCGGAAAAGAUUUGGUUUUCGUGUUCAUUGUUUAAUAACCUAUGCCAUUUUUUCUCAACCAUUUUAUGUCGCAAUCCACGGAAAAACCAAAAAGUUAAGUAAAACAGUGUUGCGACCCCGUGACUGUAAAACUAUAAUUUAGUUAACACAAUACUAUAGUUAUUUAUUGCUUUAAUAAACGAAUCUUUUGUACCUAUA